UCCGGUCUCCUUCGCUGAUUCACUGGCCUCCUCUUCCCACCACAUCGCAGCCAUGGCCUUGGUUCUGCAGCUGCUGCCGCUGCUGCUGUCGAGGGCCCAGGGGAACCCCGGGGCUUCACUGGACGGCCACCCCGGGGACCGGGUGAAUCUCUCCUGCGUAGGGGUCUCGCAACCCACCCGCUGGGUCUGGGCACCUAGAUUCCCGGCUUGCAAAGGCCUGUCCAAAGGACGCCGCGCGAUCUUGUUGGCCUCACCGAACGGGACCCCCACCGUGUCUCCCGUCCAGCCCUUUGCUGGCCGCCUACGUGCCCUGGACCUUGAUAUCCGGCGGCUGGAGCUACUCCUGAGCGCGGGGGACUCGGGCACCUUUAUCUGCAAGGGCCGCCAAGAGAACGAGAGCCGUACGGAGCUUCACGUGCUGGGGGACCGGGCCUAUUGCAGAGCUCCGGGGCCUACCCACGGGUCCGUGUAUCCCCAGACUCUAAUCCCGCUGCUGGGCGCUGGGCUGGUGCUGGGACUCGGAGUACUGGGCUGGGCCUGUUGGCUGCGCAGGCGCUCGCCCCCUCACCCGCCUCGACCACCCCCCAGAUUUGUUCCAUUCGUGAAAGCGGAGCCCCAGAGGCCAGUAGAGGAGGAAGAGCCCAAGAUUGCAGGGGACCUGGACCAGGAGCCGAGCCUGCUCUACGCAGACCUGGAUCAUACGGCCCUCAGAAGAUCCUGCCGACUGUCCCCAGUGGUCCCUGCUGAUGCCUCCACCACCUAUGCGGUUGUAGUUCGAAAGGAAGCCCUUACUACCUCACAAGCUGGGGGCUCCCAGCUCUCCAUAACACCCCUCCCCUUCUUGGCCCUUCACCUGGAAAAGGAAGGCACCAUGGGAUAGAAAUGAGCACUAGACUGGGAGUCAGGAGACGGAGGAUCCAGGCUAUCUCUGCUGCUGAUUUUGGUCCCCAUCUCUCACACAGCUUCCAGGUCUCCUUCACCACUGAUGUCCUUAAACCUGAUCAAGCCCUGUCUCCCUAUCUUAAGACAUCAACAGCUCCUAGAUUUUUGCCCUAUCUCUUCCCUUCUCUCCACAGUCAAGCUCUUUGAACCAAGGGCCUACACCUGUCUCUUCCAUUUUUCUCUUCACUCCACUCCCACUGCUCACGUGCUCGCCAUGAGAUUGCCAGUGAUGUCCUAAUAACCACACCCACUAGACAUUUAUUAGCAUUCAUCUGGCUUGGCCUUUGAUCGCUCUUAUUUAAGCUGUUUUUCUUUAAUGCUGUUGUCUUCCUUCUAGACUCCUCAUCCUUGCUCCCUACCCCUGCAGUAUUCUCCACCAUUCCAGGUUUGUCUUUUUCUUUAUCUGCCUUCCCCCUCUCCUGGGAUGCUGUCAUCCACAGCCAGUCCUCAGCCUUUUUCUGUGCAAGCAACAUCCAUAACUCUCUCCAGUUCAGAUCUCUGAUACGAGAUUUCCAAACUGUCCCUCAGACAUCCCUGCCUGGCUGGCCCUAGGCAUUCUGCACACAGCAGGUCCAAAAGCCAACUCACUGUCAUCUCCCAAGCCACUUACUUAAUCCUUCCUCCUCUGCAUUCUCUCUUGAUCAACCCCAUUGCCCAAGCCAGAAAUGGAGAGUCAUGUAGACCUCCUUCCUCUCACUCCCACACGAUAAACCAAGUCCUGUCUUUCUAUUUUAAUGUCACUGUCAAAUCCACACCCUUUUCACACCCAGCACUGCCACCUGAAUGUACUCUUUAUUUCCUCCCUGGAUUACCCAUAGCCCCACCUCAUCUUCCUGCCCUUGUUCUCCUCCCUGAAACUAGAGGUAUUCUCCCCAAAUGCCAACCUGCUCCUGACAGCCUAUAUUUCAGCAGUAUUUCAGCUCUGGGCCCUUGGGCCUCAGCUUUGGGUUCAAGGUGCUACAGUACUCUACUUACUCUCCAGGCUCAUCUCUGUCACUCAGUGCCUAGAACAGGACAGCCUUAGAGAAAUUCUCCCCAGCCCCCAAAUGCGCCUUUGCCCAGUGCAAUUCCUUCUUCCUGGAUUAGCCUUUGCCUCCUCCCCACUAUCUGCCUGGCUAAUUCUUAUUUAUCCUCAGGACUCAGUUCAAGUGUAGCCUUUGCUGGGAAGCUAUUUCUGACCCACUUUGCCCACCCCUGCAUACACUCUGAUGCCCUAGGGAGCCCCCUUAUUUCUCUCAUAGCAACAGCCUCCUGUGAAUUGUUCCAUUACAACCUGUAUUUCAAUUUAUAAGAAAUUUUCACGUGAGUCCCCUGAUAUCAGGAGACUGACCCUUUUUAUAUCACCGCUAAGCCUCAGUAAAUGAGUGAAAAUGAAUAUCCCUGGAAAUGUCAUUUCCUCCUAUCAACUAGGGAUGGGCUGUUGAUCCUCCAGUCUCUGAAUCAUCUGACAUUUAGAUAAAUUCAGUGAGUGAUUCACCCAUAUUUUUUCUCUG